AUGGCUACAAUGAAAAUUAAAGAAAGUUUAGAGUCUACUCCUUUACCAACUUCGAAACGAGCUCCCCGGUUGAGCAUGGUACGCGAGUGGAUACCAGAUGAUGAUGAACAGGAAAAAGAAGACACUAUUUUUGACAGUAAUGACGAAGAAAUUCUGACGACCUAUAACGAAUUUCUUUCAAAUAUCGCAGGUAAACCUCUGUCGUGGGCUGUUCGCCUGUUUGGCAAAUGGUCCAUCGCAACUGGGAACAAAUGAAGCAAGAUAUCAAGGCGAACUGCGUAAAAAAAGCAACUGAAGCAUGUCAUGUUGUCUGUGAAGUUAUCGCUCCAGAAGCAGCCGAAGAACUCUUUGAAGCAAUCCAUCCACCGCGCGAAGAACCAUUAAGUGGCGAGCUUGUUGGUAUGAUUACAGCAUAUAGAGACGCGCCAACAAGGAAGUUAAAAUUGCAGAUACUAAGCUUAUACGCCUUCAGCUAUUCAGCCAAGAAAAUUAACUGAUGCAUUUUCAUGAACCGUAUGAACGUUUAACAAAAUGGAAAAUUAAACGAGCUCGCGCGCAUGCAAAAAAGGUUGGCCCAGGAAUUCCCAUAGAAAACGAAAGUACCACAGAGUUCGAAUCGAUACUGAAAAAUCGGAUCAUUUUCUCGAAUUAUUAACCGACCAUACUUUUAUCAAGACGUUUCGUUUGGUACACGGAAGCUAAAACUUGAUUCCGGUGAGCAACUUACCAUGCCAAACGUAGUCCGAACGGUAACAAGAUUAACAAUGAUAUUCAAGUACUUGGAGUUCUGUAAGGAGCAAAAUUUCGAUCCUCUCAGUAGAUCAACCCUUUACAGAAUUCUGGAUGCAAGAGAAGCCUCAAAAAGAAAAGCGUUGCAAGGACUUGACAACAUCGCUUCAAUUUAG